UUAUCAUGAAACUCAACACCUAAGAAUUUUUAAUAUUAAGAGAUAAUUUUUAAGAUUAGUUAAAUAAGUGACCAUCUCUGAAUAUGUUAAUGGUUCUCAAUAUCUUUUUAUGUAGUAACUAAAUACAAAAUUGUUCAUAUUGAAAUUUACUACAUAUUUCAUAUUUUUAUAACAAAUAAUUAUUUACAAAAUAAUAAAUACCAAAAAGUUUAAUAUUGAAAAUAAAUUAUGGCUUCAAAACUUAAAGAAUUGCUGUAUCAUUUUAUUGGUUAUCAAAAUUUACAGAUUUAAGUAUUCAAAAUUAUUACACAUUUAUAAAAUUAUAUAUUUAUAUGAAAUAAAUGUUAUUUACCUAUACUUCAAAAAAAAAUUCAAAAUCAAGCAGACUAUAUAUAAGAAAAUAUAUAAUAUACAUAAGAUAAUAGAAUUUUUAUUUUAUUUUAUUAAAUGUAGAGUAUUUCAAAUUUUAAGAAAGAUUUAAACAUAGUUACGAAAAGAUUAAUAGAGACAUUUAAUAUGUUAAUAUAAAUUAAUAGUGACAUUUCAAACAAAAAAUAUAUCGAAACAAAUAAAUGAUAUAAUAUAAAAAAAAAACUUAAUUUUUUUUUUAAAUCUAAGGUUUAAUGUUUAUAGAACCGCGCGUAGCGCGGUAAAAUCGCUAGUGAAAGUAAAUUUUAAAUAGUCUUUGACAAAAAAAAAAGAAGCUAAGAUAUACUAUAUCAUAAGGAUACGUAUGAUGAGGGUUGAUGUGCUUAAAAGCUCUACAUUCACCUACUUUUCUAAUACGCUUGAUUUAUUUUGGAGUUUCGUUUUAUCAAAAAUUUGAAGGGUACUCACAAAGUCACAAUGAUGCAAAUAUUAAUCUUCAAACUAGCUAUAUAUAUAAGAGAAAAAGACCAAAAUAGCAUUAAAUCAAGUUUUUGUUCCCAAACUAACACUCAAGACCAAAAGUCACAAAAAUAGCACUCAAGAGGUGGGGUUUAGGGUUUAGAAUUUAGGGUUUAGGAUUUAGAGUUUAGGUUUUAGGAUUUAGAGUUGAAAAGUGAGGUUUUGGGGAUAAGAUUUCAAAUUUUAAAAAAUAAAAAAAUUUAAAUUUUUCAAAAGAUAAAAUACUAUUUUGGUCAUUUUAGUUUUUGAGUACUAUUUUUGUGAUAUAAACUUAAAAAGGUGCUAUUUUGGAGAUUUGCCCUAUAUAUAAUCUACAAUGCCUUUUAUAAAACAAAUCUAUUAAUAUAGUACCAAAUUAAGCAGCAAUUCUUCACGAUAUACUAUACUAUAUACAUAUUAAAAUCUCUGAACAUAAAGUCAAACUCAAUCACCUUAAUAACAUCCACAUGAAGUCAAAAAAACCACUUAUCAAAACGAGCUUCAAUCAUACAGCCAGAACGACCAGACCAAAAGAUAUCUAGAGAUUUUAUAGAGUUAUUGCACAAUUCUAAACAUUGAAAUUCUGGGGGUGAUUGGUAGUUGCUGUAGGUGCUGUCCACAGCCCUAUUUAUUUAUACAACACCAAAUUCAGAGCAAUCAUGAUUUAAUUUUUUUUUUGAAACCACAGCUCUUGAAAUAAUCUACAGCUGUACAAGUGCUCUGCAGAGCCAAAUAUCUAAAGCAAUUUUUUAGUGCUUUCUAUAAAAUUCUACAGCAAUAAAAUCUAAAGCUACAGUAAAAAUUCUACAGAUUUUUUUUUACAGCAAAAAUUCUACAGCUACAGCUAUUACCAAUAGGACCCGGUCCAUUUACAUUAUCGAUGUUCCCAAAUGUAAUAAGAUUUCAAGUACGAGCCGUAUAAAAAGAUCGAUAAUUCUACAUUCAAAUUCUCCUUUUUGAACAAAUAUUAAUUUUCCUCAAAAUUGAGCAGGAUGUUUACGGAUAUGUUCUCUACCCAUCCAGCCAUGCAUGACCCAUCCGUAACUCGAAUCAUCGCUUGCUUCGUCAGAAGAAAACACCGACAUUAUAUUAUCUAGCUAAAAAUCUAUUGGGUUUGGAAGUCGAAAGCAGCACGAAGUUCAUCGAACCUUCUUCUUUUCAUAUUAUUUAUUUCAAAUAUCACACAAGAACAAGUGAAAUCCAAGAUCCGACCUUGUACGUCGAGCCUCUGUUUUUGUUACGUUAUAAUAAUGCGUUUGAUGCUUAAUUUAAUCAUCACAAGAAGACAAAAGUUUCUCAAAAUUUUGUGAACUGCAGCUGCAAAAGACAACUUGUGUUCACUAUAUGGGAGACCAUGGGAGAGGCACACUCUCAUAUAUACAUUAAUUUAUGCACAAGCAGACGGCAUAUAAGAUAGAGUUACUAAACUAUAGCUAUCUUUUACUUCAUAGCUAUCUAUUACGUACAUUCACAAUUUUAAGAGAUAUAGGAGGUCAUAAUUAACUGAGAUGAUGAAUAAACUUGAUAAGUGUACAACAAGAAAUGUAUACGGUUAUCAUAGUAUUUUUUUUGUUUGUUUUUUGUAAUUCAAGAAUGAGUUUUCUUGGUUGUUGGAAUGAGGAUUGAUAGUAGCAACGUGUGUUAAUGUGUCGGAAACCCAGUUGCGUGGAAACUCAGAUUAGUAAUUACAGUGUGCAUUAGCCGAUAAACAGCUAUCAUUAUCACAUGGGUGUUUUGAGGUGUGUCUAUCUACCCAUAUUAUAUAACUGUUAAUCACUCAGACUCCAGUUUAUCUGAUUUAACUUAUAAGUUAUAAAUAAUUUAAACGCUCUAAACAAAUAAUAUAUGUGUGACCUUUAGAGACUUUGGAUAGCCAUCAAAGUAUUAAGUACCCCAUUUAUCCCCAUUUCUAUUCGAAUCACAAAACAACUGAGAUUGGGAAAUUUCUUAGAAGUUGCAUGAUAAUCUUUUCUUGAAAAUGCAUGUGCAUGAAAUUAAAACGUUCAUGUGCUUAAAACAUCCCUUUACGUUAAUCUAGGGUUUAAUCUUCCAGCUAUUAACUAGACGUAGUAUUGUUUUUCGUUAUAAUAAAUGGCUCUUCUUAUGUAUCAAGAGACUAUAAAUAUUAAUCCAUUAACUUGACCCCUAAAAAUGGAUUUAAGUUUUUAUUGAAGAUAACUUAAAUCAAUUAAGAAUCUAAUCUUAGAUCUCUAGCCUCCAAAAGACAACACUUCCGUCCCUUUGUGUAUGUGUGACAUCAUAGACAAUUAUAAAGUAUUAUCUUUCCCUAUAUUUUUUUAUAAAAAAGGACGUACAUGAAUCUAACAUGUAUCAUAUAUAUACAGGCAAAUGUACUAAUAGAGAUUGCAACAAAUACAGUAGAACACCAAACAAAGAUAGAUCAACAAAGAGUGAAGAUAAAAAUGGAGUGCUCCAACAUGAAGCAACAUCACCAGUACGGUGCAUAUGCAGAGCCAAGAAUCUCGUUUUCCAGCGGUUUCGCAGCUACUAAGAACGACAUGGUCAAGUGCAAGGAGGCACCAGUGUCGUCAGAUGAUUUUGAGUUCGGUGUCAACAACUUCUCCAUGACCACAGCAGAUGAAAUCUUCUUUGAUGGCAUGAUCUUACCUCUCAAGGAAGAAGUCAACACGACGAAGAGAAUGUCAACUUUGAGGGAGGAACUCAGCGAAGAAGAUAGUGAUUCACCGAGAAGCAAAUCAAAGGGGUCCAGUGGUUGGUGGAGAGAGAGAUUAGGGUUAGGAUUCGUGAAGUCCAAGAAAGAUCAUAAGAGAAGUUCUUUUUAUCACCAUUAAUUAGAAGCAAUUCUACAACUACACAAUGACCUUCUUUUGAUAUUUUUUUGUGUUCUGUUUUUGAGUUUCUUCUCUUCGUAGGGACUUAAUGUAUUUGCUAAUAUGGUCUGUAAUGUGUUUAAGUGUUUUCUCUGUUUUUUUUCUUCUCAUUUCUUCACUGUUCCUCACCGAUGUAAAAAUUGUUUGCGGUUGAAGAAUAUCCAUUUCUAUGUGUU